CUCUCUCUCUCUCUCUCUAUCUCUUUCCUCUCUUUCUCUAUCUUCUCCAAGCAGCAAGCCUCUUCAUAAAUAGAAUGACUCUGCCCUCGUGAUCCGAUUUCCAAAGAUUGAGAUUUUGAGAUAGUACUUUUGCUUUUUCUAUUCCUUCAUUUAUUUAUUUAUUUUUUCCUCAGUCUCAGAAUUCCUCACUGCAGAUCUCUCUCCUUGCAUUGCCCUGUUCCAUUGCCCUGCUUUUUUAUUAUUUUCUCGUUUUAUUUUUUGUUUUUUUAAAUUUCUAAUGUUCCACCACUGUUAGUUAGUUUUUCAUCUCCAGCUUCAAGAGGAGUGAAAAACUAAGAGCUUCAAAAACAUGAGAGAGCCACCAAUGAAACCGGCGCUCCAGAAACCGCCCGGUUAUAGGGACCCGAGUGCACCCGGAAAACCCGUGGCUAGACCUCCGCCUCGAAAACCUACCCUCCCGCCUUCGUUUCGAACCAAGAGGAAACGCAGGAGCUGUUGCCGUACGUGUUGUUGCUUCCUCUGCUUUUUCAUCGUCAUCCUAACCAUCAUCGUUUUGGUGGUGGGUGGGGUUUCAUACCUCUGGUUCUCUCCCAAAAUCCCAACUUUCCACCUCCAGUCCUAUCGGAUCCCCGAAUUCAAGGUCACCGUUAAAACCGACGCAACUUACCUGGAUGCCCGCACGGUGAUCCGGAUCGAAGUUAAGAACCCAAACACCAAAUUGAAGGUGUAUUACGGACGCACCCAAAUCAAUGCGAUUGUUGGCAAAGGCGAAAGCGAGACCGAAUUGGGUCAGUCGGAAGUGGCCGGCUUCACACAAGGCAUAAAAAACGUAACGAGCUUAAAGAUUGAGAGUUCGACUAAGAACCGUUUAAUUGAUGAUAAGGAUGGACGGAAGCUCAAGAGUGGCUAUAAAACCAAGAAUUUGGAGGUGAGAGUUAAGGCUCGCACCAGUCUUGGAUAUGUCGUGGGAAGGUGGAGAAUAGGAGCUCUGAGAGUCACAGUGUCUUGUGGCGGAAUGACCUUCAAGAGCCUUGACGGUGGUGGUGAAAUGCCCAAGUGCACUGUCAAUUUUCUCAGAUGGAUCAACAUACAUUGAUAUGGUCCUUCACAUGUGAAGAGCGAUCAACAAUUUGGUGGCUGCCUGCAAGUUUCAGCCGAAUAUUUUCAUUUAAAUAUUGGAUUUGUGGGUAAUUAUAUUUAGUCCUUUUUUUUUUUUCUUUUUUUUCCUUUAUAUAUAUUUGUAGAAAUAAACACAUAAAAACAUAUUCUUUGCUUAGAGAAAGAAAAAGAAAUGAAAGGGGUAUCAUCGAUAGCAGCUUUAUGCUGCAAAGGAUCAUGUUUUAAGCUUUUGGAUGUUUCUCUGAUGUUUUGGAAACACAGGUUAAAAAAAUUUGGGACUGGGAUUUAAUUUAUUCAUGUAUUUAAUAUUUUGGUGGUUAUUUUGAUCUGAUUAUCAUCAAUCUUUUAAUGUAAAGAUUCUUGUAGUUGAUGUGGGGUUUAAUAUUCGGUUCCUGUA